UUUUUAUUUGAAGAAAAGUGUCGACAUUUGUUUAUAUAAAAUACUUGUGUUUAUAAUGUAUUUUAAAGAAGUGCUGACUAAUUGUUUAACAUUUUUUACGAUGAAAGUAAGGUUAAUGCCAAUUUUAGCGAAGGAAACGUCUUCUGUUCGUUGAGAUAAGUGUUUGUGUGCAGUUGUAAUCAUGCAGCCAGAGCUAAUCCAGGUAAACUGGAGUAGCGAUGAAGAACUGGUACAAGUAAGGUGGUCAGACUCCGAUUCUGGGGACCCAGUGAAUUGUUCUAUGACCACAUUACAAGACAUUACAGGAUCUGCUGACUGUGCUGUGACAGAUAGCAAACAAGUACAGCGUGAUGAGGAAUAUUUAGACAUUUGGGAUAGUGAUGAAAGCUUAAUGUUUUUGUCUUCUACAAAUUCUGAACAUGACAUCGAACAGGUUUUAGCUAAGCCGAAAAAGAAAACAGAAAACAAGUACAUUCAAAGUGAGGUAAAGUCAGAAGGAAGAAUGAAAUUAAAAGCAUUGAAGUUUCUUAGCAUUAAGACAGCACUUAACACACCCUGCUAUUGUGGAAAACGGUGUGUUAUGCAGUUGAAUAUUAAUUCUGUCCGUGAUAUUCGUGAAAAAUUCUGGCAUAAUCCAAAAUUGACAAGAGUAACACAGCUGAAAGCAUCAUAUGAAAAAUCUGAAAAAGUCGGAAAAUACAGAUACUUUUCAGUAGAGUCUAAAAAACAAGAAAUACAAUUAUGUACAAAAGCAUUUUUGGCUGCAUUGAGAGUUAACAAGAAUACAUUAACUACAGUUGCUGAUAUGUGCAUGAAUAACAAGGAAGCUCCAACUGGGAAAUCUCCACGUAACUGGGACAAGAGAACUCUACUUUUGAUUGCUUGGCUGGAGGAUUACUUCAGAUUUCAUGGCGAAAGAAUGCCUCACCGAAACGAGAUUGUGAUGCCAUAUGGAACAGUGAAAAGUCAUAUUUAUGAACAAUACAAAAUUGAUGUGGAAAUUCCAGUGAGCAAAAGCCAGUUCUACAAGAAAUGGAUUGACAACUUCCAGUUUGUUAAAACGAAAAAGGUAAAAUAAUGUGUUUUUUGUGGGUUACAAACAAUUUUAUGCUGAUAUGACGUUUUUAAACUACAAAGUCAUGUACCUGCGAUUGUUGUAAUACAUGUAAUUUGGCAGAAAGUUAGAAUCUAUAGCUAUAUGUGUUUUUAUAACAGCUGUCACAUAAUGAAUCUUGUGUUGAGUACAUGUGUAUAUCCUUUGAAUGUCUGCAGCAUUUGUUACAAGGUCUAACACCAAUAUACAUGUAACCUUUUUUUUGUCAGUUACUAGAUAUAAUAAUAUACAGUUGAAUCAGAUUAUCUCGAGGUCAACGACAAAGGUCAAAUAUAUGGGGGACACAGUGUUUUACAAACACAUCUGGUCAAAAUGGUUCCGGUUGGUUGAAAAACAUGGCCGCCAGGGGGUGUGGCAGUUUUCCUUAUAUGGCUAUUGUAAAACCUUGUUAACACUCUAGAAGUCACAUUUUUAGUCCAAUCUUCAUGAAACUUUGUCAGAACAUGUGUCCCAAUAAUACCUUUGACGAGUGCGAAAAUGGUUCCGGUUGGUUGAAAAACAUGGCCGCCAGGGGUCAUGGCAGUUUUCCUUAUAUGGCUAUAGUAAAACCUGUUAACACUCUAGAAGUCACAUUUUUAGUCCAAUCUUCAUGAAACUUGGUCAAAACAUGUGUCCCAAUAAUAUCUUGGACGAGUUUGAAAAUGGUUCCAGUUGAAUGAAAAACAUGGCCGCCAUGGGGCGGGGCAGUUGUCCUUAUAUGGCUUUACUGUAUGGUAAAGCCUUGUUAACACUCUAGAAGUCACAUUUGUGGUCCAAUGCUCAUGAAACUUGGUCAGAAUAAUUGAACUAAUAAUAUCUGGGCUAAGUUCAAAAAUGGUUGAGAUCCGUUAAAAAACAUGGCCGCAAGGGGGAGUGGCAUUUUUCCUUAAAUGGCUACAUGUGUAUUAACAUGUACAACAAAACCUUGUUAACACUCUAGAAGUCACAUUUAUUAUCCAAUCUUUAUGAAACUUGAUCAGAACAUUUGUUGUAACAAUAGCUCGAGUGAGUUUGAAAAUGGUUAUGGUUCGUUGAAAAACAUUGCCGCCGGGGGGGGGGGGGGCAGUUGUCCUUAUAUGGCUUUAGUGAAAACUUGUUGACACUAUAUGAGCCACAUUUAUUGG